AUGGCUAACAUAUUUCUAGUAGCUCUUAGCGGAUGCUCCUCGAGUGGUAAAUCAACUAUUGCCAAAGUUAUAGCACAAAUAUGUCCAGAUAUAACUUUAAUCCAUGAAGACGACUUUUACAAACAUGAUGACGAGAUUCCAUUCAAUGAAAAACGUGGAAUUAGCAAUUGGGAUUCACCAGAAGCGUUAGAUUUAGCUCAUUUCGAGGCGGAAUUGGACUCUAUCAAAGAAACUGGACAAAUAUCCUCACAACUAGUGCAUAACAACAACGUUGAUGACAUUUCCAAAUUCCAGUUGGAUCCAAAUUUCUUGCAAACGUUAAGACAUAAAUUGGAGCCAAUUUCCAGAUCCACUAGGAUCGUUCUUGUCGAUGGAUUCAUGAUCUAUAACAGUCCUAAACUGGCAUCUAAAUUCGACUUGAAACUUUUUGUGAGAGCCCCUUACGAAGUCCUUAAGGCAAGGAGGAAUGCAAGACCCGGUUACCAAACUUUAGACUCUUACUGGGUCGAUCCCCCAUAUUAUUUUGACGAAUUCGUUUACGACUCUUACAGGUCUUCACACGCCCAUCUUUUCAUCGAUGGUGACGUAGAAGGUUCUCUAAAUCCCCAAACCGCUGCAGGUAUCAAAGAGUUUACGAAUGGUUCGGGGACGCCUUUGACAGAAGCUCUCACUUGGACUACUAAUGAGAUUUGUGAAGCUGUCUCUGCCGCGCACUAA